GUUGAAAGCAUGCUUGAAUCCUGAAAGCUCAAGCAGGAAAGAACAAGGUCAAAAAGGAAAAAGAGCAAUGUUGCUAGCAAUUGGUAAAGAAAGUGCCAUUCUUGGCUGGAAGUGCAUGUGGUAUAGAAUUAGAUAAAGGGGAAAAGGAUUGUUGGUGUGAGGUUUUACUAUAGACACGGUCUUCAUCAUCUGUACAUGGAUGCUGUAUUUUGCUAGGAAAAUGCUAGUCUAUAGCAAGCUUCUGUAGGCAGGAAACUGAAGCUUCCAUCAUUGGUACAAACCCUACAAAUUUAGUCCCGAUCGAUUGUACUUCUAUUUGUUGUCCGGUGAAGAAGAGAAGGGGAGAAAAGGGUGAUGAAAAUGGGGUCUCUGAAGCAUGAUUGGGCAGAUAACAGUCAGGCAAGGCUGCCUCUUUUGGUCAGCUUUAGGGGAGAUGAAGAUACAGGUAGCCGAUGGACGUAUCUGAAAGUUACGAGAGCAAAAAUCAAGAACUCUUGGGAUGAUUUGAAAGAUUUUGGAAGGAAAGCAUUGGAAAUGGGUCGUUCUGAUCCCAGGAAAGUCAUAUUUGCAAUGAAAAUGGGACUGGCAUUGUCAAUUGUGUCUUUGCUCAUAUUCUGGAAAGGAUCAUUUGAGGAUAUUGCACAGUAUUCAAUUUGGGCAAUACUCACAGUCAUAGUGAUGUUUGAAUUCAGUAUAGGUGCAACCUUUAUCAAAGGAUUCAAUCGCGGGUUGGGAACCCUCUGUGCUGGAAUACUUGCAUUUUGCUUUGCUGAGCUAUCAUUGGUGGCUGGCAAGUUCGAGGAAGGUGUUAUUGUUAUAAGUAUUUUCGUAGCAGGAUUCUGUGCAUCCUAUUUGAGGCUGUAUCCGACCAUGAAGCCUUAUGAUUACGGAUUCCGAGUAUUUGUAUUAACAUAUUGCAUCCUUAUGAUAGCCGGUAACAGGACUAGGGCAUAUACUGAGGCAAUUUUGACUCGAUUGGUACUCAUUGCAGUUGGGGCUGGUGUUUGUUUUGUUGUAAAUAUAUGUAUAUAUCCGAUUUGGGCUGGUGAAUCUCUGCAUAACUUAGUGGUGAAAAAUUUUAAGGAUCUUGCCACUUCUUUGGAAGGCUGUGUUAAUGGAUACUUGAAGUGUGUUGAAUAUGAGAGAAUUCCCUCGAAAAUUCUUACAUACCAAGCUUCUGAUGAUCCACUUUAUAAUUGUUAUCGAUCAGUGGUGCAGUCUACAAGCCAAGAAGAUACUUUGCUUGGAUUUGCAGUUUGGGAACCACCCCAUGGCCGUUACAGAAUGCGUAAUUAUCCUUGGGAGAACUAUGUCAAAGUAAGUGGUGCAGUGAGGCAUUGUGCAUUCAUGGUUAUGGCACUGCAUGGGUGCAUCCUUUCAGAAAUACAGGCCUCCCCCGAAAGAAGAAAAGUAUUCUCUAGCGAGCUUCAGAGGGUUGGGACAGAAGGUGCUAAAGUGUUACGAGAGCUCGGAAACAAAAUAGAGAGAAUGGAGAAACUGAGUCCUGGUGACAUACUUCAAACUGUCCAUGAGGCAGCCGAGCAGUUGCAGAAAAAGAUAGACCAAAAGUCUUACCUUCUAGUGAAUUCUGAGAGCUGGGAAAUUCGGGCAAGGCCCAAGGAACUCGAAGACCUUAAAAACCUCGUGGACGCACAGGAAGAUGAGAACAUGCAGCUGGGCUUUAAAUCAUUGAGUGAGGCUGUGCUGGACGUGAGGUCAAUUCCUGCCAGGACAGCUUCUCUACCUCCAUCCGAGACUGCACAAAAUAUGUUCAGGAGAUGGCCCUCGAACCUUUCAUCUAAGGCUGAAUCAUUCGUCAAGGGAGACGAAAGCAAAACAUACGAAAGCGCCAGUGCUCUGUCCUUGGCAACAUUUGCUUCGCUUCUGAUAGAAUUUGUUGCUAGACUAGGCAAUCUGGUGGACUCCUUUGAAGAACUGAGUCAGAAAGCCAACUUCAAGGAGCCUGUCAUCAACAUGCCAACUGGUAAGAAAAGGGUCGGCACUUGGGUUGUCUAGGGUGAUCAUGUCGUUCAUUAUUACAGGGUGGUGGGGUCAUUCUUGGUUCAACGACAACCAUAUUUACAGGAAUUUCCAUUAGAUUUGGUGAUAGAUCUUGUGUCCCAUCUGAUUGUCAAAUCGAUAAUAAUUCGGUCAAGAGCCAAAAGUUCUCACUCCAAAGCAUCUACCCAGCUCAAUCAGUGGACUUAUUGCUACUGUUAACUGUCAAGCAUGUGAAAGUUGGUUCAAAAUAUUCAACAAAUUAAUCGAAAGAUAAUGAUGAAGAGCUUGCUUUCACCCUCUCCAAA